UUUCAGUGGGCUUAUUAUGACCCGGAAGGAAUUCCAUGGAUAUUUGGACCACUGGGACAGUUAGGCACAUACCUGGGGAAAAACUACCCGACUGUUAUCAAGAAUAUGUUCUAUGUGACAUUUGCUAUACAUGUCGGGGAGGCAGGGUAUUCUGUAAAAGUCUGCAGAGAUAAAAACCUCAGUUCUUCUGCAACUGUAAAAUGGUGCUUCCAGACAUUUCUAUUUGGAUUUGCUUCCCUUCUGCGGCUUAAAAAUGCCAGAAAAGUCAAGGCCAGCUGAUGAAGGUCGAAUAAAUUGAUCACUUAAAAUAUAAGAACACCUCAGAUCAAACGUUCAGGCUACAAAUCAUGACAUGAAAAUGUAGCCUUGUAGGAUUACUAGAAACUGGUGUGAUUUAUUGACUGUGAUCUUUUAUAUUUAUACCAUACCUCUUAUGAUGAAUCAGGAUUACUUUGUAAAUGUGUUUAAAUCUGCAGCACACUUUUUUAUGAUAUGUUUUAUUGCAAUGGUGCAUAAAAGAAUAUGAAAAAUGAUUGAAAGAAAGAGCAAUAAAAAUAAUCUUUAAUUAUUUGGGAGAAAUAUGUAUGUCUAAACAUGUAUGUGGUUUAUAUCUGUUGCUUUCCUUUAUAGAUUCUUAUCUGGCAUUAGGAUGAAGAUGGACUCAUUUAUAUGAGUCUUAAUUGUCUACUUGUAAAUGUAACUCAAUAGAACUAUUGUUAAUUUACAACACAUCUAAAGUAUUUGGAAGAAUUUGAUUUUAGUUGAUUAAAUAUAUAUACAGGGUCGGAACUGAUGUUUACAGAUGAGAAUUUAUUGCAUUCAUUGAUAAAUUACAAGUUAUUUUUAUGAAAAUAAAUUGAUAAA